GCUCCCGCUCACUCUUUGCCGCUCACUUUGCUUUGUCGUUUGAACCGCAACUGAUUUCUAAUGAGUUCAUCCUGAGGAUACUGCAUAAGGGUAAAAGAAACAAGCAUACACACAGACGGAUGAGACGGUUGUAAAGGAGACUUCUACAUCGGAAGUGGCUACAAGAACUAGGCUAAACAAAUGGAGGACGAUAACAUUUCACCUACUGGGUUCGAGCCUCUCUUCAUUAAGGAAGAGGAUGCGGAUCCAGACAGAACCUUAAUGGAACAAAGUGAAUGCAACACGGCACAAUCUGGACUCACUUUCACAGGAACACAACUGAAUCCAUCAGCUUUAAUUAAGCCAUACUUACAGGAGAUGGAUAACUUGCUGACGAGCUGUGAGGAGCUCACUGGCAUCCCCUUUGGUUCUCACUUCUCAGCAACUUACAAUGAAACAAGCCUGACUGAAUCAACUCAUAGCCACAGCAAAGAGGAAGACGCAAUGGAGAGCUGUGGAGAAACAAGUAUUUCUCCCCAAGCAUAUCUUCAAACAAGCUACAUUGACGUACAUAUGGAUGGGGCUGGAACAGAAAACCAGCCAACACAAGGCCAGUCUCAAGACUUGGGCCCCAUCAUUACCAGGUGUGGAGUCAGCACAGAAGCUUCUCGUCAAAACACAAUGCCUCUCACUUCAGCGGGAAACAAACUGAGUGACACCAUGGUGGAGUAUGAGGGUCAACUGUUGGGGAUGUUGGCCAUGCUGGAGAGCUGUAUGGAAGAAUCUGGGAUGGACUUUGAGCCUCAAGGCUGGCCUACAGAUGCAAGCCAAGAAUAUGUACACAUCAGUAAGACACCUCAUCCUUUUAGGGGUACAACACUGGUGCCUGUACAGCAAGGAAGGCCAAUAAAGUUGGAGACCCAGCCGAUGCAAUUAGAAUCCUGGGCUGGUCAACAUGCAGGAGGAGAGGAAGUUCCCAAGGAAAGCAGAAAUAAGGAAACACUGGGUUCAGCAACAAAUGGAAGCCAACAGAAUCCUGUGCUAAGCCUUGACAACGUGGGUGGCUUCUCAAUGGAAACACUGGAAUCGCAAGACCAGGUGGGCCUUGAUUCUGAGUUCAGGUUUCCAGGGCCAUCAAUGCCAUUAUAUAGUACAGAAAAUGUACAGAAGAUGUACUGUGAGGCGACAAAGACAAGAUAUAUGUCUACUAAUGAAGAUGCAAACACGAAAGAUGACAUAACUAAGAUUGAAAUAGACAACACUGGAUUGCCAGCUGAAGAGAGACAGGAGCUCAAGAUGGAAACCAUCGAUCUGGGAUCUUGCAUGAAUGAACUAGGCGCACUAGGUUCUCAUAUGGAGGAGUGCAUAGAGGAGGUAAGUCGGUUAGAAAAGAGGAGGAAGGAACUGCUGAAGGAGGUGCUGGAAUUGAGAGGUAAUAAAGACAGAGAGGAGGCAGAGGGGAGCAAUGAAGAGGAGACAGAAGAGCAAAUUGAUAGAAAAGUGGCAGAGCUGAUGUGCGCACUGAAGAGGGAGGAAGAGGGGAGAAGAGAGGAGAGGAAGAAAGAGAUUCAGAGCCUUAGGGAGGAGAGAGCAGAGGAGGAGAGGAAGCUGUGGAAGGUAAACCUGGAGAGACAGGGCCUGCAUGAGGAGCUUAGAAAGCUGAAGAGGAGACUGUUCGCCACGGCUAGGGACUGUGCUUACAGCCAGGCCGCCCUGAACACCCAGCGCAGAGAGGUGGAGUUCCUAAAGAGAGAAGAGGAGAAGCUGCAGUCGCUGGUGCUCCAGCUGACAGAAGAGGGCUCCCAGCUCAGGGUGGCUCAACAACAACAGCUCUUAGACCUACAAGCAGAGCUUCAUGCCCAGCACUCCAGUCAGACCUCCAACACCCAGGACGAGCUGACCCAGUGCAAGAGGCACUCCUGUGGGGACAUUCAGCAGUAUCUGCAGGGUGGGCUGAAAGCACUGGAGGACAGGUAUGAACCCAUUUUGCUCACAUUGCUGAAGAGAAGGGAGGCAACAGCCGGAGCACUGGUGAAAGUCAAAGAGCAGGCCAAGGAGCUGAAGGCCCAACUGAGACCCCUAAAGGAGGAGAUCCAAAAGCUGAAUCUCCAGAGGGCUUGCUUGGAGGAGAAACUCAAACUAAUUUGUCUACAGAGGAGAGAGGAUGUGGGGCAGUACAAGGAGACAGUGUACUGUCUGGAGGACAGAAGCAGAGAGCUGAAGACAGAGUUAAAGAUCCAGAAGAGAAAAACCAAAGAGAUAGAGGACCUGAGAGACAGCCUAACCGAGCAACUCCUCAUUUUCAGGGCUGCCAUUAAGGACCAUAACAACUGUGGGAAUCAGGAGAAAACAUGAUUGUAUGUUGUUUAAUUGAAAAAACUGAGUUCUGUGAGUUAAUAACCAACUGACCGUUUUAUCUGCAACAUAGUGAACUCCCAAGUUUCAAUUAAUGCACUUUACACACAUUAAGAGUCCUGCUGUUGUUAAAUUAAACAACUAAAAUUGACUUAAGUUUUUUUUUUAACUAGACUGCCGCUUGUAGAAAGGUUUUUGUUAUGAAUAAAGGCUUUGUGUUUGUUGUAAUCCGA